GUAGAUGAAAGAAAGACUAGUUACAUAUGAGUACAUAAUAUGUUUAUGGAGUCAACAUAAAGUGUUCCUCUUCCAGUGUGUUUACACUCUUCAGACUUUAGUCUCCACUAUUGAUGAUAUGGGACUUCAAUAUUUGCUAUUCAGAAUGGAGAGUGUUACAAGUAGGAACAUAAAGAGACCCAGACUAGGUUACUAUGGUUCGGGGCUUUAAGCCAUCCAUUGUGUUCUUGCUUGCUUUUGUGGCGUUUCUUUGGACUGUUUGGCCCCACUGACUGCACAGGAAUAAUGCAGUGUUUGGUGUAACUGGCAGAUGAGCUGUGUUUCGUAGGCAAGUGUUAGGAUGGAUUGAUGAGAUUAUCUUUUGGACGAAGGGAGCCUCACACAUGGUGGUGAUACAUGGAAUCGUGGAUUUAUUUAAUAGAACAUCAAUAUUGAUUUCAGAUUGGAGUGACCUUAAUCUGUUUGUGGUGGUGAUUUUGAUACACACUCAAAUAAUAAGAGCUACAUCUUUGUGGUUUGCAAAAGACCUUCAAACAAUGCAGCUCCGUCUUUGUGGUCUGGAGAGACAGUCAAAUAAUAGAGCUACGUGUACAUGAACGAGUUUUAAUCUUUGAUUUAAUAGAGACCUUGACCAAGUAAUUACUGUAUGAAAUAAAACUUUUAUUAUCAGCUUCAAAGAUUUAACAUUGGUGCAUUUUCUGCCAGUUUGAGUUUUUUGAGAGAAAAAUACCAAGAACUUUUAUAUCCAUGAGGAUUUGAAAAAAAAUUAUGCAUUACUAUAACUUCAAGCCUUAUUGGAGUUUUUGUGUGUGGAUUCAAGUAUUAAUUUGAUUGAAUUUUCUCUUAAUGAUGGAAUAUUCUUUCUAAGAUGGCAGUGUGGUCCGGACACUAUACUUUCAGCUCAACCUGAUCAUAAUUCCUCAAACUUGAAAUGGUCAAAGUUCACUUUGCUUAAAAACAUGCAAUUGGUGAGAACAUGCAGACUUAAUAUUUCUAGGAGUCACUCAUAAGGAGCAUAUAUUCCUUAGUCGUAAAGACUCGUAAUCAGCAAUGAAACUGAAAAAAUAGACUUUAAAUCAAGACUUGACUUUCAUCAUCAUGUCUGAGAGAGGAGAAGAUAGUUCACUUCCUAUAAUGGGCCAAGGUAGAAGAGCCAAAUCAGCAGAUCUUUGUCGUUCCCGACAAAGGGUCCAGUCUGCUAAAAGCACCCGUAGUGCCAUUGAGACGGUAUUACCAACAUCUCAAAAUGCAGUGUCCAGGGCAGUGUACCUUCGGAGAUUGAACAUUCUUAUGUCACAGAAAGAAGAUAAUUCAAACAUUCAAAGAUCAGCAACUCCUAAUUCAUAUGGUUCAAGCACCAGGAUGAAGCAAGUUCCCCUUCCACAAGUGAGGAAUAGCUCACGUACAGGGACCAGCGCACCAAGGAAUGUGAAGAAUAUUUCCAUCAGUAGUGAUCGAUAUCUAGGCUCAUCAAAGACUGGACGCCAAAGCUCUCAAAGCUCUCUACACAAGUCCUAUCCACAGUAUGAUGCGCCCUCGUUGCCCAAAAAGGAGCAGGUUCAUAGAUUCGAAGAGGAGCAGACCAACCUAUAUAUCACACGGACGAUGAAACGAAAGUCAGAGAUCCUAUCUCACCGAGUUGAUAGAUUGUACUAUCUCUGUGGAUCAGGGUUCCCGGUGCAGGGCAGGUAUGAUGUCAGCGAUGUUGAAUUACAAAAACUACAAGACUUCUCUAGGGUUCGAAACAAUAGCAGAGCUACAAGUGGUUUUUCAAGCGGAAGGAGUGUGCAUAGUUUGACUGAAUCUAGUCUGUUAACAGAAAGCAGGAGUAAGAGAUCACCUCUUGGGUCACCGUUAGGAUCACCUCGCUGCACACCCGUUCCUCCUAACAUUGAUCUUACCGUAGAAGGAAGUGGGGUCACUCACUCUGGUGACAAGGUCAAAGGUCAUGCAGUGUCAAACCAAAAUCAGAAUGAAGGGACUCCACAAGGUCAGAUGUCUUCCAGAAUCCAAGAUGGAAAUACAAUGAAGGAAGAUGGGAAGAAGAGUUCUGUGGACAGUGACUCCCAUAACAGGAAAGCAGGAGACUCGUCUGAGAACCAGAUUGCAGGUGCCAGUAGGACGGAGGACUCAUCAGAAGAACAACAUGCUAUCCCUCAUAGAACCGGAGAGACAGAACAUGAUGAGAAAGAUAGGACUGAGUGCGAGAAAGAUAGUGGACAUGAAGUUAGGCAGAAUGGAAAGUCGGAUGGAAGAACUGAUGAAGGAGGAGCAUUGGAAGAAGAUGGACAAGGAGCAGCCUUGAGGCAGCUUUCAACUGGUGGUGAUGGAGACGGUGAUGCGAACAAGGAAUGCAGAAAUGGUGGAGGAACACUUGUAGGAGGAGGCGGGGAUGCUGCUGGUGUCUCAGGAGGACUGGCAUCUGGUGAUGCGAUCAAGGAUGCAGAUGAUUGCCAUGGAGAUGGUGAUAAUGCAGAUGGUUGCCAAGGAGAGGGUGAUGGUGCAAAUGGUCGCCAUGGAGACGGUCAAGAUCGUGAUGAUGCAGAUGGUUGCCAUGGAGAGGGAGAAGAUGACGUUGAAGAGAUAGGAGGUGGAGAAGGCGGAGAUGAUGCCUUGAACAGACUCUCUUCUAGUGAUGCCAUACAGGAAUCGGAUGGUCAGCUUGGUGAUGAGGAUAAAGGAGAAUGUCAAGAUAAAGUUCACAAUGAUGGAGAAGAAAGUGUCACAUCAAAGCAUCCAGUUCUUGGAGAAAGACAGGUAGAAAGUAUUGCUCCAGGAUUAAAACUUGAUAAGACACCAUGCACCAUGAAGAAAUCAGAUGUAUACCUGACCGACUUUGGUGAUCCCAAGGCACCAACAUCGAGCGAUAGAGACGGGAAGCCAAUCCACAGCUACGGCCGGGAGAUCGCUCAGCUGGAAAGUAAACUAGACAAGGUGGAUACCUUGACCCAGGAAGUAGAUGACAUAGGUCAGGUGACAAGGGUGAAUUCUGAUGCAUCUGAUUGGGGGAAUGUCAGCAACCAGGAUGGGAACUAUGAGAGCGGUGUGUUCGCCAGAGCUAGGAGUGACGAGGAGAGGAGGAAGGCUCUGCAGCGGAGGGAGGAAAGGAAAGAAGCAAAGAAUGCGGUUAAGGUGGAAGAGAGUGACGCCCAACGAGUCCGGGAUAAAGCAGAAAAGGAAAGAGCUCUCAAACAGGCUAGGAAAAUCAAGUUCAAGAUGGAGGAUGUGUACAAUUUUAUCAGUAGCAGACAACGGGAAAUCUUCAGCCAGAAGUUUAGGGAGCUGGACUCUGACGGAAAUGGGAAGAUUACUCUGAAAGAACUCACUAAAAAGAUGCAUUCCACUACUUCUAAGGAUGAUAUUCGCCAUCUACUUAAGGUGUUUGAUUUGAACAAGGAUAAAACUGUUGACCAGCGUGAGUUUGUGACGGUUGCUGCCCUCAAUGACAAACUGACCGGGAAGGAGGUGACAUCAGAGGCCGCACCGUUAGAACUGAACUUGAACCGGCUCUCUGUUCAUAUAACAGCUUACAAGGAAAUGUUUGAUGCUGUCGAUCAGAACGGAGACGGACGUCUGGCGAUGGACGAGAUCAUGUUCAUCAUCACGGUUUCAACCGGCAUCGACAUCGCGGUCGACAAGGAGGCCGUCCGUUACAUCCACAACACCAUAGACAAGGAUGGGAAUGGCAGCAUUGAUUUUGUGGAAUAUCUUGCCUUCAUUCCUUUCUUCCAGAAGAUCCAUCAGCAAAUUAUCGGAAAGCCUGUCACGUUUGAUGAGAUUGAAGAGGCAAGGAGAGCUGUGAAAAAGGCUAUGAAUAGAUAGUUUGAAAGAGAUUGUAAAAGACAAAGAAGAGUCCCAAAAGUGUGAUAUCAUCAAGUAUCUAAUUUCUUGUGCAUUUCAGCAUUUUCAUGAGCAUGUUUCAGUAGAGCAUGAUGAAACACAUUCAAAACAACCAUUUGGACAUGAAGUGGUUCAUGGUGGCCCAAGGGACGGAAAAAUGAAUACACAAUGAGCCCCAAUAAAAAAUCAGAUUAAAUUGGCCUGAUUCACAACUAUUUAGAACCAGGAAAAAAAAGAAAAAAAAAGGAUGAAGGGAAAGAAGCUUUUCAUCCUCUCAAAAAAGGCUCCAAAUCAAAGCAGUGGCAAAAAUAGUCAUUUUUUGACUGGUUGCCAACACACCACAAGACAGAAGAAGAAGGAGAAUUUACAUUGAUUUUUGUGUCAUCACAUCGGGUUGUGGCGUCAGGGUCGGGCAGUCGCCAAACCCGACCAUUGGAGAAAAAGGCCCAGUAAAUUCCCGAAACGUGGGGUCCAGUUUACCAGACCAUUUGAGAAAAGAACACCCUAAAUCCUGGAAAGGUCGGGUCCAGUUUAUCCGAUGUUUUGUGAAAAUCGCAGCAAAAUUCAAAUGGUCGGACAAACUGAAUCUGAUUUUUCGAGAUAUUUAAGGUGGCCAUUUUCUCGUAUGGUCAGAUAUACCUAAUUGCCCGACCACGAGCCUUCAUACGGGCACACCUUGGGGCCUUCAUGGACUGAAUCCCACCAAAUUUGGGGUAUGGAUAAUUUUCAUCCUGCUUUGCCGAGAUGUAUGGAAAACCCUGAAAUGCAAACAAAAUAUGUUUUGUGACGUCAUGGCUUCGGUUCUCUAUAGACCUUGUAUAAGAUGUACACAGAAUAGACAACUCUAGGAAUGACCAAAUAGAUGGAAGAGACUAUGUUUUAAAGCCUGUCUUUAAGUUUGAUUAUAUGAAUACUGGACAACCAUUCUUACAUUCCAAUCUUAUAAAGGUGUAGUGAUCAUUAUAUAUACCCGGUAAGAAGAAGCAUAUUAUUGGUAGAAAGUCACAUUUACCAACCUCUUGUGGUAAUAUUUACUAUCUGAUUAAACAUCCUUUUAAUACCCGUCUAAAAAAGUUAGCUAUUGUCAUUCAAAAACUUUAUGCAAAAAUUUCAUUCUGAACCUUUCAUUCCAAAUUUGAAAAUCGUUCUUCUAUAGGACCCUUAAAAACAUUUUGAUGGUAAAUUUGUCCAUAAAUGCAGUUGACCGACUUUUGUGGAAUUAUCUUCCACAGGGUUUCAAAAACCCAAACAUCAGCAACCACCUUCAGGGAAAACCUGAAGACGUACCUGUAUAAUCAGGGUUCCCAAAGAAAUUUGAAAACAGACAUCCAUGACUAAAUUGCUGCUUUCCAUGACGUCCAUGGAGUUAGGAUGUCACAAAACUGGGAAAAAUGGAAAUCAUGAACACCAAUUAUAAUAGCAGAGUAUGAGAGUUGCGAGACAUGACAAACUGGAAAGCUGCCAUAGCCAAGAGGUAAAUGCUAUUCCAUGACUUUUCGCAAAUUUUCCAAAUUCCCUGACUUUCCAUGACCACAAAUUUUUCAAGGAUUUUCCAAAACUGGGAACCCUGAUAAUGGUGCUUUUUGACAGACAACCAUCUCUAUAUUGAGGGCUAUCCUUGUGUAGUUUGAACUUCCUAUGUAUUUUUUCUCCCUUUUUGUAAUUUACUGUGAAGCGCCUUGAGCAUCUAAUUAAGAUGGGAAGUGUGCUAUACAAAUUCUAUGUAUUAAAACAGGAUUUAGAUCGCAGAAAAUAAUUCAGAAGAAAGAGUUUAUCACACGUAAUUUGUCAGUGUUUAUUACAACAGUAUAUUUCAUACAAUUUUAAUAAUAUUAAGUGGAAAUGAAUGACUAAAAUCCUGAAAUUGUUAAAUGGAUUGAAAACAUCAAAAUUGUUUAUUCUACACCAAUGAGCAAGUAAUUAGAUAUAGACAUUCUUUGUAUAUCUCUAUUUUGAUACAUAAACGGGGGAAUGUUUCAUCAACAUUUUUGUCUCGUAAGUUGUCAAAUGUGAAAACUUUCCUUGAUUUUUGAGUGGCUGAGAAGCACUGUUACCAUGGUAAUUCCUGGUAAAUAAACAAGACUUAUCGGAUAAAACAUCCGACAAGUCCUUUCAUGGGAAUGCUCCCAUGAAAUUAUGAAAUUCAAGGGAUUAAACAUUUUGGUACUGUAUUGCAAAAUAAGACUUCCAUUAUUUAAAGGACCAUUGUUGAUUGCUUUUUCGGGUCCAUGUGAGCAUGAGUCUCCUAAAAGAAGCUUCCUCAUGUUGAAGUUUCAGACACAUUUGUGGCGAUAUGUAUCAUGUACAAAACAUGAAUAUUUCUGUAAAAUAUUUUCAAAUCACUUUGAAAAUUUCAAAUCGUAGCAAAAACAAAAUGGUCGGUAUUCAGCUGGGACUAGGUGCAGACUUUACAAAAUUGUUAUUUCUUUCUUUUAUUCUAUGGUAUGCAUUUUCUCUGUUUCCCACUUCCAUUCGGUGAUGGCAAUUUUGCGAAAAUAUUGUGAAAAACUUUGUAAAUGCUGGGAAGUACAGGGAAAUACUAGAAUAUGCUUGAGAAACAUCUUGGUAACACCUGAAAAUAUUCAAGAAUACAUUUUCAUAGUAUUUUCUUGCAUUUCUAACUAUUUUUCCAUCUUCCUCAAAAGUUAUCAAGGCAGUAUUUCCAACUCCGUCCAACCCUGCUUCUAUGGGGUGCGGUUUCACAUUCCUCUGUCAGUAUUCCUGACAAAUUUUAUUUUUACCAAAGAUUUGCAAAAUUGUAUUCAUGUAUAUAAUGUGUGAAUUUAAGUGAGAGUGGAACAAAGUGCCUUGAUGGAUCUAUAAUUAUUUUAUCGCAUGAUAACUUCUGACCAAUCAUACAAGAAUAAUACUUCUUGUAUGUUGAAUCAUGAUAAUGAAAAAUGCAUACAUGUAUAUUAAUUUUGGGAAAUUUUGUUUUCAGACUGUCAUAAUAAGGCUGGUUGUGUGCGGGGUUAUGCUGAAUAUAUAUCUAAUAUGCUUGAAUGUUUGCAAUAUUUUAUGGUUAGUCACUUUGUAAUUGUGUGUAUAUACUAAUCUACAAUCUGCUUAUGUAAGAUUAUGAAUUUGAAAGAAGAAAGCUUUAUUUUAUAUUCAUAUUAAAAAUAUUAAAAAUUACAAAA